AUGAAAAAUGUUUUAUACUCUUCAGCAGGGCAAGAUGAACCAGAGAAGCCAGAACUCAGGAUUUUGCUUCUUGGAAAAACUGGAGUUGGAAAGAGUGCUUCAGGAAACACCAUCCUAGGAAAAGGGAAUGCUUUUGAUCUGACAUCAUCAGAGUGUCAGAAGGAAACAGGAGAGUUUGAAGGUCAAAAACUGGCUGUAGUUGAUUCUCCAGGUCUGUGUGACUCCAGUAAAACUGAAGAGGAGUUAACAGCAGAGAUGGAGAGAGCCAUCAACUUUGCUGCUCCUGGUCCUAAUGUGUUCCUGGUUGUGAUUCAGGCCAACAGAUUCAUAGAAGAAGAUCAAGAAACAGUGAAAAUAGUUCAGAAGAUGUUUGGAAAAAAGUCAGCAUGUUCCACAUUAGUUUUGUUCACCUAUGGAGAUGACCUGAAGUCAGAUGGAGACACCAUAGAAGGAUUAAUCAGUAAAAUUCCAGCUCUCAGUGGCUUCAUCCGUCAGUGUGGUGGAGGAUAUCACCUCUUUAACAACAGAGACACGGAUCCCUCUCAGGUCAGAGAGCUGCUGAAGAAGAUCAACACCAUGUUUCAGACAAAUGCUGGACGAUACUACACCAUUGAAAUGUUCAGAGAGGCUGACCUUCGGAUUGUUCUUAUUGGGAAAACUGGAGCUGGGAAGAGUGCAUCAGGGAACACCAUCUUGGGAGAAAAAGCUUUUAAAUCCUUAACAUCAAUGUCAUCAGUUACGUCAGUGUGUCAAAAGGAAACAGGUCUGUUUGAUGGUCAAAAACUGGCUGUAAUUGAUACUCCAGGUUUAUUUGACACCGAAAAAUCUGAAGAGAAGGUGAAGGAAGAGAUCAGUAGCUGCAUCCCCCUUGCUGCUCCUGGUCCUCAUGUGUUCCUGGUUGUGAUUCAGGCCAACAGAUUCACAAAAGAAGAACAAGGAACUGUCAAAAUCAUUCAGAAUAUGUUUGGAGAACAGUCAGCAUGUUACACUAUGGCCUUGUUCACCUACGGAGACAAUCUGGAGAGAGAUGGAAUGAUCAUAGAAAAUGUGAUCCAUGCUCAUCAAACUCUCUCUGACUUGUUUGUCAGUCAGUGCGGUGGAGGAUAUCAUGUUUUUAACAACACAGACAAAAAUCCCUCUCAGGUCAGAGAGCUGCUGAAGAAGAUCAACACAAUGAUUGAGAGAAAUGGAGGAGGAUACUACACCAAUGAAAUGUUCAGAGAAGCUCAGAGAGCCAUGAACAAACCAGAAGCCGACCUCAGGAUUGUUCUUGUUGGGAAAACCAGAGUUGGGAAGAGUGCAGCAGGAAACAGCAUCUUACGGGGAAAAGUAUUUAGAUCAACAUCUUCCUCUUCCUCUGAAACAUCAGAGUGUCAGAAGGAAACGUCUCUCUUUGAAGGUAAAACAGUGGCUGUAAUUGAUACUCCAGGUCUGUAUGAAACUAAACUAACUAAAGAGGAGGUGAAGAGAGAGAUUGUUAGAUGCAUGUCCUUUGCUGCUCCUGGUCCUCAUGUGUUCCUGGUUGUGAUCCAACCAAACAGAUUCACCAAAGAAGAACAAAAAACUGUGAAAAUCAUUCAGGAGAUAUUUGGUAAAAAAGCAGGUGAUUACACGAUGGCCUUGGUAAUCCAUGAAGAUGAUGAGAAUAAAGACACCAUAGAAGAAGCAAUCAAACAUCCAGAUCUCAAUGACUUAAUUAGUCAGUGCCGUGGAGGAUAUCAUCUUUUUAACAGCAAAAACAACGAUCGCUCUAAGGUCAGAGAGCUGCUGAAGAAAAUCGACACAAUGAUUGAGAGAAAUAGAGGAUACUGCUACACCACCAAAAUGUUUGAAAAGGUGGAGAAAGUCAUAAAAACAGAGAUGGAACAACUUCGGAAAGAAAACCCAGAGAUGUCGGCCAAAGAAGCAAAAUACAAAGCAGAAAGAAGGAACAAAGUUACUAGAGGAAACUGGAAUGAUGUUAUUGCUGGAGCUGCUGCUGAAGUUGAUGAUGAAG